AUGACGGAAAAGGGCGUCUGGACGAACAACAGCUGCACGGUCGAAAUGCCUCUCGUUUGUUUCAACGAUGGUGGUGAUGAUCACUAUGUGCUGGUGGUCGAAGACAAGAGCUGGUUUGAUGCUCGACACUUCUGCAGGCAGCACCACACAGAUCUGGUGAGCGUGAGGAGUCCGGCAGAGAACCUGGAGCUGAAGCGCAGGCUGCAGGAGGGCAUAGGUGUGCAGGAGGCCUGGAUCGGCCUGCACAGGGUCCCCUGGAAGUGGUCGGACGGCAGCAGCUCCUUUUUCAGAAAGUGGCUGGCAUAUCAGCCCAGUAACGAUAACAACCCUCGGGCGUGUGUUACUAUGCAAGACGGGGGAUGGGACGACUGGAAUUGUAGCAGCAGAUUCAACUUUCUGUGCCACAAAAUUACUGAAGUCACUCCAGCUCCGAUCCCUGAACCUGCCACCAUCGGGACAGAUGUUCAGAGAAGGACUGUGAUAAAGAUGAGGUUGCUGACUAACUUAGACCUCACAGACCCAACCAACCAACUUAAAUUCUUCCAGCAGUUUGAAGCAUCUAUUAUUGACCGGCAGGUAUUCACCGACAUCACUCUGCUCAGUUGGUCUGUGAGGGCAGAGACACAGCCAACAGAGCGAGAUGAACGUGGAGAAGAAAUUAAGAAGAAACUCAACUGAGGCGUCUUUAAAAACAAAUUGAACUACAGGGAAGAGUUGGGAAAAUAUUAAUCAAAAUAAAACAAAAUAUAUUUCCCCUGUUAGCAAACAAUUCAUGGUUUUAAUUUCUAAAAUACUUCAAGUAGUUAUUAUAUUUGUUGAUUUUUUUGUUGGCUUACCAACCUGAUACAAUUCCUUGGAAUUGGCAGAAUUUGUUGAAGUAAUUAUGUAUUUAUCUUUUUCAUUAUACGUACCUCUUGAUU